AUGGCGGCGGUCAUCCGUGGGUCGAGGACCGCGAUUUGCCUGAAAAAUGUGUUUUCCAGCACUGCUGCCAGAGGUCUUUCGGUAGCUGCGAUAUUACGUGGUAGUCAAAUAAUUGCCCAUGUUCCAAGUAGUACCAACAAUCUCCUCAGGCAGCACAGGCGGAGUGAGCUGCAGACGCGGUUCUACUCGGCGAAAGACCCGCUCACCCUCGACAUCAUCCGCGACAGGGUACUGCUCGUGCUGAAGCUGUAUGACAAGAUCAACCCUGACAAGCUCACCGUCGACUCACACUUCAUCAACGACCUGGGGUUGGACUCGCUGGACCACGUGGAGGUCAUCAUGACGAUGGAGGAUGAGUUCGGGUUCGAAAUUCCGGACAUGGACGCCGAGAAGCUGAUGCGACCGGCCGACAUCGUGCGGUACGUGGCUGACAGGGAGGAUAUCUACGAGUAGUGGCGCGCGGCGGCGGUGUGCGGCGGCGCGCGCCACGCGCCCGGGCGCGCCGCGCCGCUCUUUUUGUGCAUUGUUUCCUAGUGACGCGUAUGGCUGGGUGUGAAAUAAACGUGGGAGUAUACUCA